AUGAUGAUCUCUCCCAUUUCCAUCUCUUUCGAACAAGCUACACCACAUCUUAGCGAUGCUAAAUGCAGGUCCAACUCCACGGUCUAUCCUCGAUCAGUAUUGUUAUCCCUAGCUACUGGUCCUUCGAACAAUAUCGCUCCUCAACCAAGGAGGUUAUCAUCUUUCACUCCUAUUUUAAGAUGUCCAAUCACCCCUUCUUCUUCUUCUUUCAUUUUGCAUAGUGAUUAUUUCAUACUGGAUGGUGAACCGAUUUCGAAAGACUUGCCUAUUCCCCCUAAUUCCGAUGAGUAUGGUGGGAUCCGACAUCCUUGCGAUAUAUCAACGAGGGAUAAUACAUCUUUCGAUUCACAACCUUUCUCUGAUUCACAGCUUGGUAUUAGAUCUGGAUCUAUAUCAAGAUCUAUAUCUAGAUCAAUUCCCGAAUUACCAGUCUUACUUGAUUUCAAUAACCCCUUUGCGGUUGCCAAUCAAGAGACACCCUCUGAAUUGAUUGGAGAGAUCAAAACAUCUCCUACACCACUCGGGACUCCCUCUUCAUCCAAUGAAAAAAUCAACGAAUCAGAAUUAGUAGUCAAGCCUAUUCCAAUACCAAUACCUAUACCUAUAUCUACUGCAUCAGGUUCAGGAAUAAACACGAAUGUGAAUAUGAAUAUGACUAUGACUAUGAAAAUUGGUUCAGGUCCAUUACAUCGUAAAUUAUCCUCACCAUUCCCGUCACCUCCUCCCCGACUUCAAGAACACGAAAACAAUUUCCCUUCUUCAGUGAACUCUUCUCCUGGAUCUCGUUUAUCUUCUUUGACUAUGAGACUGGGACCACGAGUAGAUCUAUCAUCGACUCUUGAUGAUGUAUCUGGGAACAAGGAAGUAUCACGAUCAAACAGUGUUUCAUCCAUCACUUCAUCAUCUCAUUCAUCUCCACCUUCACUGCCGAUUCCCCUUUCGCGCUCAAGUACACUCAACGAGGGCGCAGGAGGAGGUAAUAAGUUGAAUCCUUUUGCUCCUCCAUUCCCAUUACCCAAUUCAAAUGGAGAACAACAAAAGGGAAAACCAAUUACAUCAUCAAAAAUCGAUAGAGAAGAUUCACUAGAUUGUAACAAUCAGCCACCACCUUCUUUACCUUUACCUUUACCAAAACAAAGUUUAACAUUACCUUUACCAUCUUCGUUACCUGCUAGACCGGGUCCACUACCACCCGUUUUCGUUAAAAGGGAAUCCGCAGCAUUACCUCAACCCAUGGCUUUACCUGAAGUAGCUCCACUGGGUAAAGGUUGGAUGGGCGACAAUUCUCUAUCUGGAAAUGAAAGACGUAGAAGAACAAGUCAAGUUUAUCCUCCUUCCUCUUCUCUUCAACGUGCUGACAGUCCAUCUAGAAAUGGAGGUGGAAUCAAGAUCAAAUCAGGUUCAAUCGGAGGUUCUGCACCCAAUUCAAGAAGAGGUUCAAUGGUCGAUAAUGAUUCGAACAGUCGGUCUUCUUCCCCGGCCUUCGGCAGACCAGAUAGAUUGGUUCAGUUGGGUCAGAGAUUAAGAAGUGAAAGUCAGUCAAGAAGUGAAACGAGAAAAUGGUAG